AUGAAAGCGGCACAAGACAAGCAAAAAAGUUAUGCAGAUCAUCAACGACGGGAUUUAGAGUUCUCUAUUGGAGAUCAUGUAUUUUUGAAAGUCAUGCUAAUAAGAGGAGUUCGAAGGUUUGGAGUGUCAGGGAAGCCUAGUCCGUGUUAUGUGGGUCCUUUCAAGAUUUUGGAACAUAUCGGACUUUUGGCGUAUCGACUAGCUUUGCCCCCUCAGUUGGCGAAUGUCCAUAAUGUUUUCCACGUCUCCAUGCUACGAAAAUAUAUCCCCGAUCCUCAACACGUGAUUGACUUCCAUCCCUUAGAGCUUAAUGAAGAUAUGUCCUAUGAAGAAUCCCCUAGCUGCAUAUUGGAUCACAAAGAAAAGGUGUUGAGAAAUCGAGUUAUCCCAUAUGUGAAAGUUCUAUGGCAUCGACAUAGCCCGGAAGAAGCAACGUGGGAACUAGAAGAGGAAAUGAAGCGAGUCUAUCCUCAUUUAUUUGAGCAACCAGGUUUCAGUCAUGAGCCUGGUAUGUAUUAUGAUUACUAUGUGGACCGGGAGGCCAUGUAUGUGUUACAGGCUUUAAUGUGCAUGUUGCAUGGCAUAACUUGCAUUGGAUAUUCGAUUGAUGAACCAUUUGAAGCGUUGUAA